CAGAAAAGCGCCAUGACCUAAAAAAAUCAAAAUCACUCUGAGAUUUCCCCCAAAAAAAAAUGGCGCUUUUACACUUUCCAUUUCUUCUACAUUUCUAUAUCCAAUCGAAUCUGUCUCUCCCUCUCUCUCAAUCUCAAAUCUCUCUUACCCAUUGAAAUCUCUCAUGGCGGAGAAUCAGAACUGCGCGAGGAUGACAAGGGCGGCGGCGAAACGAAAGGCCUCGUCCAUGGCCAUGGAUGAAGACCCAACAGCUAGCAAGAAGAGAGUUGUUCUCGGAGAGCUUCCUAACAUCUCCAAUGUCGCUGUUCAAUUGAGAGAGACCACCGUGAAGCCUAGUAAACCAACUGUUAACAACGCCGCGAAGAAGCAGACGAAGAAGGCGGCGGCUCCGAUGACGCCUACUGUGGCGGUUCCUGCACCGAGCGUAGAUUUUGAAUCGGGAUCUGUUGAUCCUCAGAUGUGUGGGCCUUAUGUGAGCGACAUCUCUGCGUAUCUCCGUGAAAUGGAGGCGAAGCCAAAACAAAGACCUCUACAUGAUUAUAUCGAAAAGUUGCAGAAUGAUUUAACGCCAAACAUGAGAGGGGUUUUAGUGGACUGGUUAGUGGAGGUUGCUGAGGAAUACAAACUCGUCUCUGACACACUCUAUCUCACUGUCUCCUAUGUUGAUAGAUUCUUGUCCAUGAAGCCUAUUAACAGGCAGAGGCUUCAGCUUGUGGGAGUUUCUGCAAUGCUUAUUGCGUCUAGGAAAUACGAAGAGAUAAGUCCUCCUAAAGUGGAAGAUUUUGUUUACAUCACGGAUAAUACGUUUACGAAACAAGAUGUUGUGACCAUGGAGGCAGAUAUACUUCUUGCCCUGCAGUUCGAAUUAGGAAGUCCAACCAUCAAAACAUUCCUAAGACGGUUCACAAGGGUUGCACAAGAAGAUUUCAAUGAGUCACUUUUGCAGAUAGAGUUCCUCUGUUGUUAUCUCUCAGAACUGAGUCUGUUAGAUUAUAGCUGUGUGAAGUUUUUGCCAUCUCUUUUGGCUGCUUCCGCUGUUUUUCUUGCUCGAUUCAUCAUCCGUCCAAAACAACAUCCUUGGAAUCAAAUGUUGGAAGAAUACACAAAGUAUAAAGCGUCUGAUCUGCAACAAUGUGUGGGAAUUAUACAUGACUUGUAUCUAAGCAGAAGAGGAAACGGUCUAGAAGCUGUGAGAAAUAAAUACAAGCACCAUAAGUUCAAGUGCGUUGCGACCAUGCCUGUUUCACCUGAGCUACCUCUUGCUUUCUUCGAGGAUGUUACCAUUAGAGAAAAGGCGUAAAGAAGCAUAUGGUGGUGGAAAUGUUAGUGCCUGAAUUUGGGUUGUAUAUAUAUAACUGCUAUUAGAAUGGCAGUUUAGUAUUGAAAAUUUUCCUUGUAAUUCAAAGAUUUUGCUAACAUUAGUUAAGAUGCCAUUUUUUCCAAUUGUGAUAAGCUUUUGAUUUAUUUGUUUUCUGCUUUUUUUGUGAUGUAAUCAUGUUAAAAGCCUCUUUAGAUCAUAUUAGAUUAUCACUUUUACUCGCACAAAGAAAAAAAGGUACA